AUGGCGACGUCACGCGAACUCGCUUCCGGUAGCGCAACCGCCGCGCUUCCAUCGUCCCACGCUCCGCCCACACGCUCUCACGAUGCACGUCCAUCCGAAUCUACUGACGACUCUGCGUCCGGUUAUCAUGUGUCGGUGAAAGACGUGAAGCCGUCGACGUCUGAGCGUGAUCCUGCCCAGACUCCGACCAUGAAGCACGACGCUCUCCAUUUAAGCCGUGACGACCCUGAAAGGGCUCGACUCGAGCGUCAAUUGUGCGAUGAAAUGCAAAAGAGACGACCGGAUCCUUUCGUCAUCCGGGUAGCCUGUCGCUCGCUCGGUGGGGUGCCGAUGGAGCUGCGCGCUCAAGUGUGGAAGGAGCUGCUAGGCGUGGCCCGCAGCGAGCGCUUGUAUCUGGACUAUAGUAUUUUACAGGUGCAAGAAAACUUGGACAAUCAGCGCGUUAUCGCAGCGGAUGCUGCACGCACUCGGAGUAACGAACUUCGUUUCAAAGAGCCAGAGACGGCCGAGCUGGUCGUUAAGCUGCUUACGUACUACUGCAAGUGUCGCAGUAUUCAGUACAAACAGGGCAUGAACGAGGUACUUGCGCCCUUCCUUCUUCUCACCGAGCAACGGGAAAAUUGCACCGAGCGUGUGCCAUUGGCUGAGGGCGUAGUAUUCCAGUGCUUUUACGCGCUUAUUGACCGAUACUUGCCUCAGGUUUUUGUGGACAAAGAGUUUCGGUCGCUGCAGGGCUCAUUACAGCUCUACAGACUGUUGAUGCUGUAUCAUGACCCCGAGUUAUGCCAUUACCUCGACCAGCAUGACAUGACACCGGAACUUUACGUGACCCCGUGGUUCAUGACGUUUUUUGCUCGGUCGUUACCACCCGAUCUUGUGUUUUGUCUGUGGGAUCUUUUCUUGCUUGAAGCAGGCCCGUACAUGCUGCACUUUGUCGCGUACGCACUGGUAGCAGCAAAUCGUGAGAAGAUUUUUGAAGCAGAGUUUGCCAUGCUCCCACAGGUGCUAAGCUCGCUGACGUUCUCUUCGCACCACGAGUUGGAACGAAUUUAUGCCAGUGCGCGGGCAAUAUUGAAAGCAACCCCGCACUCGUUUAACCGUGACUUGUACUCGAUCUGCUAUGGUGGCUUUACGAAUGCCAUGGUGCCGUUUCUGGAUCAGAUCUAUGCCUGUUCUAGUUUACGGGUAUACCCGGAGGAACUCGUUCGUAAUUUGCGUCAUAGUAUGAAAACAAAAGGCAGAAAAAAGCACACGGCAGCGGCGAAAUCAGCUGCUUUAGCUGCGCAAGAAGUUUUCAAAGGUGCUCAAGGUUUGCUUGAUCCGUUGCUAUCUCCACUGAGCGGCCGGGCGCCGUUGCUCUACGUUUCCGAAAGCGAUGAUGAAAAUGGGUCAACAGCGCUGAGGUUUGUUGUGCUGGACUGUCGUCCAGCAGAGGAGUAUCACAAAUCCCAUUUAAUUUUCUCCCAUCACGUGGACCCAAGUAUUAUGGGACAACCAGAUGCGCUUGAUGGGUUGGUGAAGGGUUUUGCCCGCAUGAAAGGCUCCCAUUUUUGCUUUGUCGGCCCCUCUAUCGAUUCGCCGUCCUUCUUGACACGAUCCUCGUCUAAAAAUGCAGCUCUGAAUACAGCUGUGCGUCUGGCGAGAGUUAUUUCAAAUGACAACGUGCAAUCCCUGACGGUGCAAGAUCCCCUUCAGAGGCGGGUCGAAGUUGGUGAACGAGAGAAGGUUGCUGGAAAUACAACGGUACCGUCGACCGAGCCUGUAACGCUAUCGUGCAAGCAGAGUCCUGUGUCCAACUCUGUCACGUCAGCCAGCGACAUUGCCAACAAUGAGCUAUCUAAGGUACAUGCAGAGCAUCUGUCGGUAACACGACUUGUGCAGGUGUUUUUGCAAAAUGGUUUCAAGUACGUAAGCGGGCUCGCCGGUGGUUUUGAUGAGUUAGAAAGGAGCAUUCGAAGCAUGGAUACGCACGCACAGGAGCAGUUCCUGGUGUCGUCUAUGCUUCCUGCACUGACAGUCGAGAAAACAGUGGUUCCUGAUUCGACUGGGACUUCUCCAGCAGGUUUGAGCUUGUUCGCUAAAUUGGGGCUAAUUCGAUCGCUUACAGCAUCCGAUGAUGAAUCGAGUGCUACUAAACCAGGCGGAAUCAGCAGUCGGGCCAGCGUCGACUCAGGACUGAUCGCCAGUGUACCAGGCGGAAACAGCAGUCGGGCCAGCGUCGACUCAGGACAGAUCGCCAGAAUGAACAAGUCUUUUGUAUCAUCUUCAGAAAGCGGUCACAACAGCGUAGCGACGAGAAAGAAGAAGAAAAGGGCAACAACUGCGUCAAGCUCUGCUGUACCGACAUUGUCGCAACGUAUCAUGCUAUUAAAAGCAGCAGCUAAGGAUGCAGUAUCAUCGACUCCACGCUCGAUUACUCGGACCAGUACUUCUACAGUAGUCAAGUCAAAACGCAUCGGAUUGUAUGAUCGGGUGGGGGCGCGUUCUAAAGCAGCUGAAAUUGCUGGUAUGACUUCCGAUGUCGAGAUUCAGCCUGGUCCUAUCGGGAUUUCAUUCCGAAAAUCUUGUACGUCGAAGGUAUAUCAUGCUGCCGUCGAUAGCUUAGUACCAGGCAGUCAGGCAUCUGCAACUGGUCUAGUCAAUGCCGGAGAUUGGCUAGUUGCUAUCAACGGAGAUAGCACGAAGGGGAAAACAUUUUUGAGCGUUAUCAAGCUCAUUAUUGAAGCAUCACGACCCGUGAUGUUGCGCUUUUUUACCCCGGUUUGUGUGGAUAAGAAUACGGUCGGACCCGAUCCACGUACAACUUUGCCGUUGGCACCGACACUGGUUAGUGCGACAAGGCACACACUCUAUAUCACGUGGGACAAGAUGCGGGCCCCAGUGGCAUCGGCUGCGGUACCGCUGUAUCAACUCCAAUUUGCAAAGCCAUCCGGCGAUGGUACUAGUCCUUGGCUUCCAGUCGUAAUCGAGGUGGGGGACGCACCUGCCCAUGUGGAUGCGAAUGGUGUCACCGACCAGACGAGCGGUACAAUGGCUGGUCUUGACCCUGGUGAUUCGCUAGUUUUUCGCGUGCGCUGUGGAUCGAAUCAUCGGUGGGGGCCGUUCAGUCCAUCGAGUGAUUCUAUGAGAACGAUGGAUGUUGAGACAGCAAGCAAGCCCGAUUCCGCAUCUGUUUCUGUUACGCCAAUACUCGCGGAUCGUGAUAAUCAAGCUUCCGCGAUUUUUCAUCCCGGUGUCUGUCCUGAAGUUGCUGAGCAAGGUCGAUCAUUCUGUCGCAACCCUCUGACGUCGCAAGCAAGCCGCCAUUCGGAUUGCAGAGCUAAAAACGUGGACAUCGUACUGGAGAGGGGCCAGGUCAUUCGGGAUGCUGAAAGGCUUACGAGCUCUGGCACGAAUCAAAUUUUUGUCCGCCUUUCCACUGACGGUAGCAGUAACAAUGGAGAGCAAGACAAACGAAUCGACGAUGGUAACGGCCCGAUGUCGUCAUUCCGUUCUGGUCAUAGGAAUGCGAAUGGUGACGGUGACGGUGUGUGGUCUUUUACAAACACGCCUAAGGGCGGGGUGGUUCUUCAACGGCUUCCUGGGUCUAGUACUAAAAGAGCUGGACCGUCGCUGCGAGAACCAAUCAAUUCUGUCGCUCACUCAUUCGUCAGGUCGCACGUACAUUUCCAAUCCAGCAACGGACGUGUCGACGAUCGUUCCAUCACAACCAGCGCGGCAACCAGCUCGGAGAUGUCUUCUACAGUCAGUAGCAGCAGCAUCGUCAAUGCUGCUUCAUCUUCCUAUUCUCCUGCUGCGCCUCUUAAAUUGCACGUGCAUCCCGUGUCAAGCUCAGAAGUCACAGUUACGUGGGAGAUGACAAAUGACGUAGAGGUGACCAAGUAUCAGAUCCAGUACGUGAAGGAUCGGUUGGCUGCCAAGUGGUGUACAGUUAACGCUGACAUUAGUGCCGAAACAGUCGAACACUCAGUCACAAACUUGCAGCCAAAUACGCUGUACGUCUUUCGUAUUCGCAGCGGCACAGAAGACAACAGGUGGGGUCCAUACAGCGAGUUUAGCAAAAGCUGCCGCACACUUCUUGGUAUCACAAGUUUUGUGAGCAGCGGGUUUAAUAUUGAAAGUGAAAGGACAUCGGGUACUCGACAACCUGCAGACAGUGGUGAGAUUAAACGGCGCUCGGUAGAACGAGCACCGCGACGGGCAACAGCGCGGGCUGGAGGCACUAUUCUAGACAAAGCGGUAGCCGCAGCUCUCCGGCUGAAAUCGAGUCCGCACUUUUCGAGCAAUCCUGAGGUCGAGGUUCAAAUAGAUGAGGUACCGUUGAACAACAUGGAUGGUGGUGACGCUGACGAACUGCAAAAUUACGAAGACAACAAAAUGUGCGAAAUGACACUACCUGAAUCGCGAUCCGUGAACUUGGCGAACUGGAAGUCUUCGUUGAAUGCUGUUCACAAAGACUUUCGCUUUUAUCAUGUUACUAAAUUUGAAGAGCAGGGGGGGCAGUCUCUUCGACAGCUGAUUCGAUUGGGUCACCGGGAGUUGGUUGUCACUCCAUCAUUGCUUGUCGUUCUGGAUGUGAUGGCGGCAACGCAAGAAGGAUUUGCGCUUGUUGAAGAGUGGCGGCCACUAACGUCGCUCGCGAAGAUUGGCGAACGGGACGGUCUGGAUAAUUCGCUUGUCUUUUACUUCGAGAAUGAUUAUGAGGUUGACUUGCCAGAGAAGAUUUUUGACUCAAGCAACCUGUUGAUUGUCGUUGUCGAAGGGGCCAAAGCUUGCGCAGAAGUUGUACAAGCAUAUCAUGCGAAGAGGUUGAUCGGAAUGUAA